AUGGCGACCGACUCAAGUACACACGACCAGCACCCGCCCGGCACGCUGCUGCUGGAAGACUUGCAGCAUGGCAGUGGCAGAGUGCUCCUCCACCCUAUUCCCACCACGGAUCCCAAUGACCCUCUCAAUUGGUCCGCGAUGCGCAAGGGCUUCAGUCUCGGCCUCGUGUUGCUCUACGUCAUAUUGACAUUUGUCCAACUCGACAUUGGCGUCAUUGCAUUUGGCCAGUACCAGAGCGAGCUGGGCUUUGACAUCAAUACACUGAACAACGGACAAGCCAUGGGCUUUGCGGGCCUUGGUCUGAGCAGCAUCGUCUUUAUCCCGCUCAUGAACAAGUACGGCCGACGGCCCGUAUACAUUGCCAGUCUUGUACUCCAAGUCGCUGCCUGCGUGUGGCUCGCGUUGACAAACACCACACCUGAUAUGCUACUGAGCAACUUGCUAGCAGGAUUGGGUGGUGGAAUUUGCGAGACAAUUGUGCAAAUGACCAUUGCCGACAUCUUUUUCGUGCACCAACACGCCGCCAUGAACGCAUACUACCUCUUCUGUACCGUUGUUGGAUCGAACCUUGGCCCUGUCGCCGCCGGUUAUGUCAUUGAAAGCCAAGGAUGGCGCUGGAUAUGGUGGUGGUGUGUGAUUCUCAUUGGCGUCAACCUGGUGCUCGUGGUGUUUUUGUUUGAAGAGUCCAAAUACACGCCGUUGCUCCAGGGCGAGUCCCUGGCAAACCAGUUGUCACACGGUGACGACAAGGAUGAGAAAGACGCCACUUUAUACGUCGAAAAGAAGGACGGUAUAGAUGCGGACGACGCGCUCCAGCGUAGCAUCACGAGCAACCGCGGCUAUAUCGACGAGAGCAUCCCCAUGAACUCUUAUCGAAAACGUAUGGCGCUUAUCACACCAACUGACGAAUCUGUGUUUCUUAAUAUUCACGAUCCAUUUGUCCUUCUCGUCACGUUCCCAGCAGUGGCUUUUACAGCACUCACUUUUGGAACGCUGUUGGCCGUCUUCGCAUUGAUCGCUUCAGUACAGGCAACAUAUCUAUUCUUGCCACCGUACAAUUUCACUGCUGUUGGAGUUGGACUCAUUAAUCUUGCCGGAUUUGUAGCAGCCAUUCCAGCGGCUUUUAUUGGCGGCUGGCUCGAUGACUGGCUGAUUGUGCGGCUGUCAAAGAGGAAUGGUGGACUCUACGAACCAGAGAUGAGACUGUGGCUGUCUCUACCGUGUAUAAUACUGACACCUGCGAGUGUGCUAAUGACCGGCCUGGGGUUUACUUAUGGUGUUGGGUGGCCCCUCAUUGCUGUAGCAUCUGGUGUAUUCAGUUUCUCUAUGAGCGUCUCGGGCGGCAUUGCGCUUUCUUACACUAUGGACUGCUAUCACGCCAUUGUCGGAUCAUCUAUGGUCGGCAUCAUCUUUAUGCGCAACGUCUUCGCUGUUGUUAUUCUAUUCGCACUCACGCCGUGGAUUACAGCGAUGGGUCUCCUUAACGUCCAUAUCAUUGUGGCGGCCAUCAUGUUUGCUGUUCAGCUACUGGCUGUGCCCUUUUUGAUUUGGGGCAAACGGUUCAGAGUAGCGGUGGCAAAGAGAUAUCUCGAACGUGCGCAGCGUCAAACAAGCAAGCGCAACUAA